ACCCUGUCCGCUGUGCGACCUAGACCUAGCGAUCUCAGUUGGGCAGUCCUGUCUCUGUAUGAGUCUCUCUUCGCUUCCCCGCCAUUGUUUUCCACCUAUCGCCCUUCAACUUUUCACACCGUUCAAAAUCAUUCCUCGCACAUUGCACGCAUUGCAAACCAAGUGGACUAUAUUGGAAUUGUACUGCUAAUUGUGGGGAGUUUUAUUAUGAGUAUAUUCUACGGGUUUUACUGCCACCCCAAUUUGCAGAGAGUCUAUUUAACCAUGUUUGUCCUAACCUUUCUCCCCAUCACCUCCCUUGGCCUGCUUUGUGCUGCGAUUUCAGCAAAUCCUCAAUUUGGGCACCCCACUUGGCGACCUUUUUGGGCGGGGAUGAUCAUCUCUCUUGGGCUAUCAGCACUCUUCCCCAUCGUUCAUGGGGUUAGGAAGUUUGGCAUUAGGCAGAUGAACAAGCAGAUCGGACUUUUCUGGAUUUUUCACAUUAUGGUGGUACUAGCUAUAAUGUCCCACCUUCGAGGAUUGGUCGAUGCCUUUGAGUACAAUCAUAGUGUCAUGGCAUUACAUUGCUGA